AAAACUCUGCGAGGCUCUAUAUAAAUUAUAAAGUCAAGUCACAUACCCCAAUUAGCUUAUCACAAACACAAACUAUAAAAAAACUACAAUGAACAAAACGUAAAUAAGAUUUGGGUUAUCAUCAUCGCCUCCUUAUGAAAUUUGAGAAACACUAAAAAAACUUGUUGAUAGUUCCAAAAAGAUUUGAUUUUUAUUUUAUUUUUAUUAAGAAAAGAAAACCAUAAAUAAAAGUUCCAAAACCAAGGAAGUGUAGAGUGUGAUACAUGUGCCAGUCUGCACUUUGUUUGUUUCGUAAUCCGUCUCUCUCUCUUUUUCUCUCUCUUUGGCCUCUCUCUCUCACACACACUUACUCUGAAAUAGAUGAAACCAGAAACUGAGCAGGAGUUUAAUAUUAUUCAACCACCGCCAAGCUUAAAUUUAUAUUUUGUUUUCUUCGUCCUCACCUUCUCUCUUUGUUGAUGUGAGGUUUAUUAACAUUACAUUCUUCAAGGCUCUAUAUGCUCAGAUCUAUCAAUCCAAAUUAAGUAUUUAAUUGUUUCUCUUGAGAUUUUGGUUAGUGGAUAAAGAAAGAUGAGUAAAGAAGAAUUCUUGAAGAUCCAGACUUGUGUCCUCAAGGUCAAUAUACACUGUGAUGGAUGUAAGCAUAAAGUGAAGAAAAUCCUGCAGAAGAUUGAUGGUGUGUACACCAUGAAGAUAGACUCGGAGCAGGGUAAGGUGAGUGUGUCGGGUAACAUUGACCCGGCCACCAUCAUCAAGAAGCUUACCAAGAACGGCAAGCACGCCGAGCUAUGGAGUUCUCCAAAGCCCAUCAACAACCAUCAAAAUCAACUCAACAACCAGCUAAAGAACCUCCAAAUCAACUUGGGGAAAAAGGGCGGAAAUAACAGCAUCAACAAGCAGCAGCCCCAGGGGCAAAAAGGUAAUAAUAAUAACAACCACCCCAAGCCUCAGCCCCAGCAGCAGAUGCAGAUGAAGGGGCUGCCGGAUCUGAAGCUGCCACCUAACUUCCUCAAGGACAUGAAGAAAAUGCCUCCUGCCCUCGGGCCCCCAAUUGCCAAGGGGCAAAAUGGGAAAUUGCCACCACCGCCUCCCAUGGCUGACGGGCUGAGUGAUGACGACGAAUUUGAUGAUGAUGACGAGUUCGAUGAUGACGAUGACUAUGACGAUGACGAUCUUGAUGAUGAUGAGUUUGAUGACGAAGAUGAUGAUGAGAUGGAUGACAUCAUCCCUCCGAACAAGCCGAAGCAGGGAGGCCCGCCGAUGAUGAACGGUCUCAAGGGUGCCGGCCCGAAACCCGGCGCCCCACCGAAUAUGAACGGAGGAUUCAUGGGGGGGAACAAAGGGGCACAUGGCAUAAUGCCCAACAUGAAUAUGAACCGCAACAAUCAUGGGGGAGCCGUGCAGGGUUUGCCGGCAAUCAACCGGCCGGGCCCAAUGGGUGGGCCCCACCAGCAGCAGCAGCAGUUGGCGGCGAUGAUGAUGAACCAGCAGCGGGCCAAUGGGAACGAGCGAUUCCAGCCCAUGAUGUAUGCGAGGCCGCCGCCAGCUGUUAAUUACAUGCCACCGCCGGGCUACGGGCCUUCGCCGGGCUACCCAUACCCACCACCACCAGGCGAGCGGGUAGACCAGUACGCCAUGUUUAGUGAUGAAAAUACGUCCAGCUGUACCGUGAUGUGAUGCAUUGAAGUUUGCGGGUCCGGUUACUGUAUGUCUUAAUAAUCACGGUCUUUCA